CCCUACGGCAGAUACCGGUUCCUUCGUAUGCUUUUUGGCAUAUCAACAGCGCCAGAAGUCUUGCAGCGGGCGAUGCGCAGAGCGCUGGACGGGCUUCCAGGCGUCUCCGUAGUAAUGGAUGACAUUCUUGUACGGGACCAAACCAAGGAGGAGCAUGAUGAGAAUUUAAAAAACGUACUUGAGCGCUGCCAGGACCACAACCUGAAACUUAACAGGAAAAAGUGCCAGUUCCUGUUGGAGCAAGUCCGGUACAUGGGCCACGUUAUCACCAACGAAGGGCUCAGCUUAGAUCCCGGGCGACUUCAAGACAUGUUGGGAAUACCGGAGCCAAAAGACACCAGUAGACGGCUGGCGAACAUUACGCAGGAAACUGACAAAAAUCCGGCGAUGGCACAACUCCGGCAGUUCGCAAGCGACUCUUGGCCAGAAGAAAAAAGCUCUGUUCCCCAAGAAGUUGGCUGCUACUGGGACUACCGAGACGAACUGCAUGUGCAGGAUGGACUGGUUUUUAGAAGUAACAAGUUAAUCAUCCCAGCGGGAAAAAGACAUGAGGUAUUGAGUCACUUGCAUGCCGUACAUGGGGGCGCUGAGGAGAUUAAGGCAAGGGCCAGAAGCGUGAUGUACUGGCCAGGCAUCAAUAGCGACAUUGAACAGUUGGCGAAGACCUUUAGCACCUACCAAAAGCUCAAGCCGAGAAAUGCGAAACUCCCUAUACUUAACCACGAUAUCCCCAGACUCCCAUGGCAAGUAGUGACUGACUUGUUUCAUCACAACGGUCAAGAUUUUUAG